AAUAAAAAAUAAAAGAAAGAAAAGACAGUGAGAGGUAUGGGGUUAGAAUUGGGGGUUAGGGAUUGCAUCGAUAAUAUGUGGGAGGAAGAAGAGGAGCAAAUUCGGGAGUGCGGGGGGUCAGAUUCCGUAUGGGAGAGACUGAGGAACCAUCCCAUCUACUCACCACCACAAUCUCCCACCUCCGUCUUCCUCAUCGCUGCACAAUUCCACUUCUCACCACCACCAACUACCUCCGUCCUCAUGUCUCCAUAUCUCGACUUCUCACCACCACCACCGCUCAGCCCCCAACUCCACUUCUCACCACCACCAACUACCUCCGUCCUCAUGUCUCCAUAUCUCGACUUCUCACCACCACCACCGCUCAGCCCCCAACUCCACUUCUCACCACCACCGACUGCCUCCGUCCUCAUGUCUCCAUAUCUCGACUUCUCACCACCACCGCCGCUCAGCCCCCAACUCCACUUCUCACCACCACCAACUACCUCCGUCCUCAUGUCUCCAUAUCUCGACUUCUCACCACCACCGCCGCUCAGCCCCCAACUCCACUUCUCACCACCACCAACUACCUCCGUCCUCAUGUCUCCAUAUCUCGACUUCUCACCACCACCGCCGCUCAGCCCCCAACUCCACUUCUCACCACCACCAACUACCUCCGUCCUCAUGUCUCCAUAUCUCGACUUCUCACCACCACCGCCGCUCAGCCCCCAACUCCACUUCUCACCACCACCAACUACCUCCGUCCUCAUGUCUCCAUAUCUCGACUUCUCACCACCACCGCCGCUCAGCCCCCAACUCCACUUCUCACCACCACCAACUACCUCCGUCCUCAUGUCUCCAUAUCUCGACUUCUCACCACCACCGCCGCUCAGCCCCCAACUCCACUUCUCACCACCACCAACUACCUCCGUCCUCAUGUCUCCAUAUCUCGACUUCUCACCACCACCGCCGCUCAGCCCCCAACUCCACUUCUCACCACCACCAACUACCUCCGUCCUCAUGUCUCCAUAUCUCGACUUCUCACCACCACCGCCGCUCAGCCCCCAACUCCACUUCUCACCACCACCAACUACCUCCGUCCUCAUGUCUCCAUAUCUCGACUUCUCACCACCACCGCCGCUCAGCCCCCAACUCCACUUCUCACCACCACCAACUACCUCCGUCCUCAUGUCUCCAUAUCUCGACUUCUCACCACCUCCAGUAAUGCCCACCCUCGAAUACGCCUUACAAAAUGUGCGUGGACUUAAAGGCCAAAU